GCUGGUCGCUUCCCAAGAUGGCGCGCGCACUGGCGGCGGGGGCUGCGAACGCCAGAGGCUUAUUUUCCAGACUGCAAACUCCGCUCCCAGCACAAAGAGCUUUCUCCACAUCACAGCCUUCCCAUGGAGUGGCAGGUCCCGUGUGGAACCUGGGUCGGCUCAAUCACGUGGCCAUCGCAGUACCAGAUCUGGAAAAGGCCACGGCCUUUUACAAGAACGUUCUGGGGGCCCAAGUCAGCGAAACGGUCCCGCUUCCCGAUCACGGAGUGUCUGUUGUUUUUGUCAACCUGGGAAACACCAAGAUGGAACUGCUCCAUCCUCUGGGAAGUGACAGUCCGAUUGCAGGAUUUCUUCAGAAAAACAAGGCUGGCGGGAUGCACCACGUCUGCAUUGAGGUGGAUAACAUUAAUGAAGCUGUGAUGGAUUUGAAGAAAAAGAAGAUCCGUAGUCUCAGCGAAGAGGUCAAAAUCGGAGCACAUGGAAAACCAGUAAUUUUUCUCCAUCCUAAAGACUGUGGUGGAGUCCUCGUGGAACUAGAACAAGCUUGAUUUGUAUUUGUAAGAAACUAGGCUAAUUAUCCUAACAAAAAACCUUACUAAACACUGUCAAAUUGCACUCUCAACUAGCAUGUUGAGCUCAAAGUAAAAAUCUUAAUUACAGAAGGAUUAAAUAUAUGUAUGUAUAUACAUACAUAUGUGGGUGCAUAUACUAGGAUUAAUAAAUAUAUUGAUUUGGGUUUGGAGGUAUUCAAUAGGGGAAUUUAUUGAAAUCAUAUUCAUAGAAAUAAAUUACUUAUACAAUGGA